UCAAAACAGUGCUGAUUUAUUCAAAGGAUCACAGAAGAACCUGGACUGCUUCCUGUUUGUGAAGAGGAGGAGGAGGCGGCUGGAGGAGAUGAAUUCCUCAUGAAGGAGCAGUAAAGAUCACAGAUACAUGUGGAGGUUGCUGGGAGCCAGGAAGUCUCAGGUCAAACUGAGGAAGAGGUCUGUGAGGAGGAGGAGGAGAAAUCUGCUGAAGAGCCAGCAGAGAUCACCAGUCUAGACCAGGACCCAGAGCACCAGACUCCAAAUUCAAGGCUUGAAAAUGAUAUAAUAUUACUACGCAACACAUUUUUGAGUGUAUGGUGAAUCUUUGUUGAGAUUUUUUCUCGCUUUGAUUAUUUUUUGGCAGAGGUUUGUCUGCGAAGUUCAGGAUGUGGAAUACUCUAAGUCUUCGAGUCUUGUCUGUUGAAGGACUCUCAGACCAACAUGCUCAAAAGAGGCGUGUUCAAGUCCUCGAUCAAGCCGGUGAAGUGCCGUCGUGGUCUGCAGGAGGCCGACUUCCUGGACCUGCUGAGGGCCACCUUCCCUCAGCUGAGAGGAGGGUUUUCAUACCUUCACAACUGGCACAACGAAGAAACUGACCCCACUGAAACUAAAGAAACUGACACCAGAGGAGAUCUACAGGUCCAUCAAGUGCACGGGGAAAGGAAGAUCAGCCCUGUAUGUCCGAGUAAAGGCAUCAAAGAAAUCCUUGAAGAGGAAGGAGCGUUCUCCUCCUCCUCCACAGACAGAAGACAAAGCCACCAGUGACUCCCUGUCUACGUCUGCGACACUGACCAGAGAUGAUGAAAGUGGGCCACGUUCAACAUGAGUCAGCAUAGACACCGUCCUUCCUUUUCCGGUUCCCACAGCCGUCCUGCAGAAAUCACCGUCAGACAAUUCUAAUGCCACUUCUCCAGUGAUGAGGUGGAAGAGGGCGACAGAGAUGGCGACAGGAAACCAGAGAGGGAUGAAGAGGAUCUGAGUGAAAAUGAAAUUCAAGAAAGAAAUUCGUCAAACGCGACGAGGAAACGACAAGUCAAGUUUCACACAUCACGACAAUGAGAAGGAAACGAUCCAGUCGUCUCCAAAGCAGACGAAUGGUAGCAGGGAUGCUACUGUUUCCUGUAAAGUGUGCGGAGCUGUGCACGGGUCAGUCAACAUUUUGAUUAAACACUCCUGGAGCCAUGUGGUCGAUCCACAGGGGUAGUGUGGAGUUUGUGGAGAACGUUCAGAAUCGACAGAGGAACUGAGGAGUCGCCUUCAGAGUCACCUGAAAACUCACAGCUGUAACAUCUGUGGAAAGUCUUUUCAUCACUGUUGUUGGUCGAAGUAGGCACACUAAUCUGCGCACAGGAGAGAAACCAUACAAAUGUGAUAUCUGUCAUAAAGCAUAUACCAGUAAGUCUGGUUUGACGAAUCACCACUGGUACCACGUGGAGGACAAGCCACACAAAUGUGAUGAUUGUCCUCAGUCUUUUGGCCACAAACAGCAGCUGAGGAUCCACAGCAGGAGCCACACAGUCGGACAGCAUUUGUGGCCGCACCGGCGCCAAACUUCGCGUGUUUCCACCAGUGGCAGCGGUGGGGGUGCUGACGUGGACCUGCAGUAACAACAUGGAACUCGGGGGGGCCUUGAGUCUGUCUCGAAGGGAGCUCCUGAGAGGAGUCAUUGCCGAGAAGCUGACAGCCGCUGCCCAGGAGAUCUUUGCAGCUGUGGAGAAAACCGUAGCCCAGUACGAGGAGGCGGCGUCGGGCUACAGGAAGGAGAUCGACCGGCAGAGGAAGCAGCUGGAGGGAGCUCCGCUUGAGGUUAAAGUGGAGACAACAGUGUUUAAGAAGUACCGAGCACGGGAGCUGCGGUGUCCUUGUGGUCUGCAGGAGGCGGAGUUCCUGGACCUGCUGAGGUCCACCUUCCCUCAGCUGGCUCCUGACAAACCUUUUGACGUCUUCAUAACUGAUCACAGCAGGAAACUCCAGCCUCUGAAAGCAGAGACGCUGACACCAGAGGAGAUCUACAGGACCAUCAGUUCCGCUGGGUAUUCGUCCCUCUACAUCCAUCUGAAGAAACUCCAGGCCAGUGAGGAAGAUCUUGUUCUCCUGAAGAGAAGAGAUACUGCCACAGAUCCUCCAACCACCCCUGAUCAAACCAGACUGAACUCGAGGGUUCAGUCUGACAGGAGGAGGCCUGGCAGGCCAGUGAAAAUACAGAGCAGCAUAAAUCUCAGGAUGCGGAUCCUGGAGGACUCCCAGCUUGAUGUGCUCUCAAACACUGUGUUUAAGAAGUACCCGGUGCAGGAGCUGCAGUGUCCCUGUGGGCUGCAGGAGGUGGACUUCCUGGACCUGCUGAGGUCCACCUUAACUCAGCUGGCUCCUGACAAACCUUUUGACAUCUUCAUGACUGACAGAAGCAGGAGACUCCAGCCUCUGGGAGUAGAGACGCUGACACCAGAGGAGAUCUACAGGAGCUCCAAGUUCUCUAGGCUUUCUACCCUUUGCCUCCGACUGAAGGCCCAAGAGGUAGAGCUUCAUUGUCUGCAGAAGAAAGUAGCUCAACUUUUCCACCCUCUUCUGAUCAAACCAGACUGA